AGCUCGGGGCGUCGGCGACCCAGGUGUCGCAGCUUCCUGCUGCCCGCGGCUCGGCGUCCAGGUCCCUCCCUCCUCACGCCCCCUCCGCUCGGAGGGCUGCGGCGCUUAAGAAGCGGCAGCGGCGGAGCGGGCGAGCGCUUGCAGCCCCGGCGGCUGCGGAGGAAGCGGGAGGGCCGCACAAAGCCAGCCGGGCGCUGCGAGAUAACAAGAGGGAUCCACAGACUUGAAGCAUGAGUUCAGACACCAGCCAGAGCGUGAUCACCACCCCUCCUCAUUCCAGCAUGCCUCCCAAAGAGAGAUAUUUUGACCGAAUCAAUGAAAAUGACCCAGAAUACAUUCGGGAAAGGAACAUGUCUCCAGAUCUUCGACAAGACUUCAACAUGAUGGAGCAGAGGAAACGUGUUACUCAGAUCCUGCAGAGCCCUGCCUUUCGGGAAGACCUGGAAUGCCUUAUUCAGGAGCAGAUGAAAAAAGGCCACAACCCGACUGGAUUAUUAGCACUGCAGCAGAUUGCAGAUUACAUCAUGACCAGCUCCUUCUCUGGCUUUUCUUCACCUCCCCUCAGUCUUGGCAUGGUCACACCUAUCAAUGAUCUUCCUGGUGCUGAUACAUCCUCAUAUGUGAAAGGAGAAAAACUUACUCGUUGUAAACUUGCCAGCCUGUACAGACUUGCAGAUUUGUUUGGAUGGGCACACCUGGCAAAUACAUACAUCUCUGUAAGAAUAAGUAAGGAACAGGAUCAUAUUAUAAUAAUUCCCAGAGGCCUGUCUUUUUCUGAAGCCACAGCCUCUAAUUUGGUGAAAGUCAAUAUAAUUGGAGAAGUGGUUGACCAGGGAAGUACUAAUUUGAAAAUUGACCACGCAGGAUUCAGCCCCCAUGCUGCCAUCUAUUCAACACGUCCUGAUGUUAAGUGUGUGAUACACAUCCACACCCUUGCGACAGCAGCUGUAUCCUCCAUGAAGUGCGGAAUCCUUCCAAUUUCUCAAGAGUCCCUUAUCCUGGGAGAUGUUGCCUAUUAUGACUACCAAGGAUCACUCGAUGAGCAAGAAGAAAGAAUUCAACUGCAGAAAGUCCUGGGACCAAGUUGUAAGGUGCUGGUGCUCAGGAAUCAUGGUGUGGUGGCCCUAGGAGAAACAGUUGAAGAGGCUUUUCAUUAUAUUUUUAAUGUACAGAUAGCCUGUGAGAUUCAGGUGCGGGCGUUAGCAGGGGCAGGUGGAGUGGACAAUCUCCUUGUGCUCGAUCUUCAGAAGUACAAACCAUUCACAUACACGGUAGCAGCUUCUGGAGGAGGCGGUGUGAACAUGGGUUCCCACCAAAAGUGGAAGGCUGGCGAGAUAGAGUUUGAAGGGCUGAUGAGAACUCUGGACAACUUGGGAUACAGAACAGGCUAUGCUUACAGACACCCUCUGAUUCGAGAGAAACCUAGACACAAGAGUGAUGUGGAGAUCCCAGCAACUGUGACAGCUUUUUCCUUUGAGGAUGACACAGUGCCGCUCUCUCCACUCAAAUACAUGGCACAGAGGCAGCAGCGUGAAAAGACAAGAUGGCUCAACUCGCCAAAUACCUACAUGAAAGUGAAUGUGCCUGAGGACUCUCGAAAUGGGGAGACCAGUCCCAGGACCAAAAUCACAUGGAUGAAAGCAGAAGACUCCUCUAAAGUUAGUGGUGGGACACCUAUUAAAAUUGAAGAUCCAAAUCAGUUUGUUCCUUUAAACACAAACCCAAACGAAGUGCUGGAGAAGAGAAACAAGAUCCGAGAACAAAACCGCUAUGACUUGAAAACAGCAGGACCACAGUCCCAGUUGCUUGCUGGAAUUGUUGUGGAUAAGCCUCCUUCUACCAUGCAAUUUGAAGAUGAUGAAGGCCCACCAGCUCCUCCUAACCCGUUCAGUCAUCUCACAGAAGGAGAACUUGAAGAGUAUAAGAAGACAGUGGAACGUAAACAGCAAGGCCUAGAAGAUGCUGAGCAGGAUUUACUCUCAGAUGACGCUUCAUCUGUUUCACAAAUUCAGUCUCAAACUCAGUCACCGCAAAAUGUCCCUGAGAAAUUAGAAGAAAACCAUGAGCUGUUUUCUAAGAGCUUCAUGUCCAUGGAAGUGCCAGUCAUGGUGGUAAACGGCAAGGAUGACAUGCAUGAAGUUGACGAGGAGCUUGCUAAGCGAGUGAGUAGAUUAACCACAAGCACGACCAUAGAGAACAUCGAGAUUACCAUUAAGUCUCCAGAAAAAAUUGAGGAAGUCCUCUCACCUGAUGGCUCACCGUCAAAAUCGCCAUCCAAGAAAAAGAAGAAAUUCCGCACUCCUUCUUUUCUGAAAAAGAACAAAAAAAAGGAGAAAAUGGAAGCCUGAGUGGAGUUUUUCAAAUAAUUAUUGUUAUCACAAUGUGACAUUGCACAUUCAAAUACCAUGCUUAAGUUGAUUAUUAAUAUGCAGUGGUAGGUCAAACUGGGGGUGUGUAGCAAACUGGAAUUGAUGAACUGGAAAAAAAAUUGUACUUAAAAAAGUAUGAAAAUAGUUUUCAAAUCCAUGUCUCAUUUUAUAUGUCCAGAAUGGCCUUCGAUUUUUAAACAGUUGCCAGUUGUAAUUAGCCCUGCCCUCAAGAAGUAUUCCCGUAGUUCAGCACUGUGUCUGUUUGAAUUAUUUCAGGCCUUCUGUCGGAAGGAAAGUACCAGUGAGCAGAUGAGAACCUUGAUUUCUCAACACCUGCUUCAUGUGGUAAUCAGGUUAUUCUUUAUCAGGAUUACUGUCUUUUAGUUCCCAUUGUUUCAAUGGGCAUUAACAGGAUGCUUUAAAAGCUUCUAAGACAAGAUGCUGUAGCAUUAGUGUACACUGGCACAUAAUUAAUUUUUUUGAAGUUUUAAGAAAAAGUUCAUUUGGGAUUUUAUCCAAAAUUUCCUCACCAGAAGUAACUUUGUUUGCCAAAAAAAGGUCAUUUUAGUAAACUAAUUUUUGAAAACUUGCUUUUUUAUUAAUUUAGGAAGCCCCUAAUUUUUCAAUAAAGGGGAUUUUGUACACAUAACAUGGAUUAUUUAGUUUAACUCUGGCAAAAAACAAUUUUUGUAUGUUGAAAUGUUUGUAUACCAUUCAGCAUAAAACUGUCAUAAGCAUAUUAGCAAAUCAUUUAACAGUAGAGCAUAUUUGAGACUGCUUGGUACUGAAUGUACUUAAAUAUAAUUCAAGAAUCCAGGGACUUGGUAUCAGAAGGUGAUUAGAGCAUAUAAAAAUUUAUCUAGAUUCUUAUUUGAAUCUUAUAGUGUAUUUUUUUGUUACUAAUGAUGAAUGGAGAAAAUCUUAUAAAGUAGCCGAAUGAGAAGCGAAAGGGGAGUGAAACAUCAGAGGAACUGAGGAUAGGAUGGGAGAGUGUCAGUCUGAUAAUGACCCGUAGAGUGGGAAACAUGUCUCACAAUUUGAAAGUGUGCUUUUCUUUCAAAAUCAGUGUCUCUGGGUUGAUAUUUUAAUUGUAAAAAGGCCAAUUCCUUGUAACUUGCAUAUCCUUAGAGGGAAGCACUAGAAAUGACUCUAACCCCACCAGUGAAAAAGCUGCCACUUCUUGAUUGAAAAAAAAAUUUUUUUAACCUUUCGUUUAACUUUUUUUUAAUGUAAAUACAAAUGUAAACCUAUACUUAAUAGAAUUUGCCCCUCUCACCCAAGUGGUAUCACAAAUCAGUGUAAAAUUAGUGAUUCAGAAUGGUCAGUGGGUACAAAUGAUCCCAGGUGGUUGGAGGUGAGCUGGCAUGCAGGGGAUUACAUUGGCUGCAGUGCUGGGGCUGGUUCUGUCAGAUUGUGCGUGCACAACGUCCCAGAGCUGAGAUGGUCUGCAGGUGUCUCUCUGGAUCUCAGUAACUACUGGAUCAGUGUUCUGUUCUUUUAGUGGAAACUUUCAGUUGCUUAAUUCUAUUUGAAGAUUAUUUUUUUUUGUUCUACAUCAUUUAUGUUGUAUUACAACGUAUGUAGAAACAGUAACCUGUGAACUAUGCUUUUCCAUACUUUUAAAAAAUAUAUAUAUAUAUCUAAAUGAAUGCAAUGUGCAUAAAUAUUUUUUAAACACAACAGUAAAACUAUUGCACCUUUCGCUAAUGCCUCUAUUUACUUGCUUUGGCAUAAUGAAUGAGCCAAUGAACCUGUGUCCUGUGGAAAAAUGUAUAAAUGUUAUCUGAUAUUGCUCUUAGAUGUAAUACUAAUUAAUGUUAAAUCACAAAUAAACAGUAUUUUAAAUAUA